AUGCCGACGCGCGAGCCCCCCGAUCCCCUCGAGGCUGUGCUGCGCCCUCCGGCUGACGAGACCCCUGCGGAGCAAGCGUUCCGCCUGGCGCAGGAGGCGGAGGCGCGGCGGGUGAGCGCGGCCAUCGACGAGUCGAUCCGGCAGGAGCGCGUCGCACACCGGAAGGCGCGCGUGGUGCGGCUGCUGCUGCUGGGCCAGUCCGAGUCGGGCAAGAGCACGACCCUGCGCCAGUUCCAGCGACUGUACACCCCCAGCGCCUUCCGCGCCGAGCGUGUCCUCUGGCGCGCCGUCGUCCAGCUCAACCUCGUCCGCAGCGUCAACCUCAUCCAGGACGCUCUCCUCGACCUUCGCCCCGCCGACCUUCCCUCUCACCACCACCACCGACACCCCCACGCAUCGCCGUCCGUCUCCCCCGCCGCCAUCGCCUUGGACCUCUCCGACGCCUCCUCCGAGCCCUCCUACUCCUUCUCCGCGCACGAGCCCUCGAUAUACGCACACGCCCACGACGACCCCCCAUCGCCGCCCCCGUCCCUGCUGCCCCCACACCUUGCCGCCCUCCUCGCCCGCCUCGCCCCGCUCCGCCACGUCGAGGCCCUCCUCGUCGCCGCGCUCUCCCCGCCGGACACCCCGCGCCCCCGCGCCCUCUCCGACGAGAUCUUCGUCCGCCCGGGCAGCGCACUCAAGCGCGCCAUGCGCGGCGUCAGCGGCCCCGAGCCCUUCCUCGGGAACGGGAAGCAGAAGGAGCGGGAGCGCGGCGCGGGCGGCGAGGCCGACGCCGCCCAGGCCGCGCUGCACGCCUGCGCCGGGGACCUGCUCGCGCUCUGGCGAGACCCCGUCCUGAGAGAGAUCCUCAGACGGAGGCGGAUCCGCGUCGAGGACGGCCCGGGGUUCUUCCUGGACGACCUGGAGCGCAUCACCGCUCCGCGGUACCUCCCCUCGGACGACGACGUGCUCAAGGCGCGGCUGAAGACCGUCGGCGUGUCCGAGUACCGCUUCGAGAUGGAGGCCGGCUCGGAGAGCGGGACGCAGUGGCGGAUCAUCGACGUCGGCGGCUCGCGUUCGCAGGUGAGCACAUAG